AUGUUGAAGGCUCCUUUUACUGCGUAUGAUGUGAAGAUGGCUAUAUGGGCUAUUGGAGGUGAUAAAUCGACAGAUCCUGAUGGUUUUGGUAGUCAAUUCUUUAAAAAUUGUUUGCCUAUAGUGGGGAUUGAUAUCACGGUUGGAGUGUUAGAGUUCUUUGAGACAAGAGAAAUGCUAAAGAGUGCUUUUGUAGCUAGUAGAACUAUUAUACAAAACAUUUUGAUCUGCCAUGAUCAGGUGAGAUUGUACAAUAGGUAUCAUACUAAUAGGAGUUGCUUAAUGAAAAUUGAUUUGAGAAAGGCCUAUGACUCGGUUGAGUGGGGUUUUGAGCAAGAGAUACUAUAUGGAUUGAACUUCGUAGUAAAGUUUAUCAAGUGGAUCAUGGAGUAUAUUACUACAACUCAGUAUACAAUAGCACUGAAUGGUGGAUUGCAUGGUCUGAAUACUAAUGCUGCAAAAUCUAAUAUGUUCACUGCCAACAUGGACCAUCAAGUAAUUAAAGACAUUUGUGCACUGACUGGCUACAAGAGAGGUAAGCUACAAUUCAAAUAUUUGGGGGUACCCACUAAUUCAAAAAGAUUGAACGUUGUGGACUGUGAAAUGAUGGUGGAAAAGAUGAUUGCUAGAGCGAAAAUAUGGAGAACCAGGAACUUGUCCUAUGUAGAGAGGGUGCAGUUAGUGAAUUAUGUGCUACUGCAUAUUCAAAGUUAUUGGUCAACUAUUUUCCUUCUGCCAAAACAGGUCUCUAAAGAUAUCACUGCUAUUUGUAGAAACUUUCUCUAG